AUGCCAUCAGAGAAAAGGAAACGAAGAAAGCGACGAAGUUCAGACGAUGAAGAUGAAGGUCCGCUGACGAAUUGGAAGCUAGGGAUGGUGGUGGCCGUGGUUGUGAUCUGUUUCGCUAUGUUGUAUCCGACGGUUCUCCAUCCACUCAUCAUGGGGUUUUUCUCGAAACCUGACUCUCCCAAAACUGCCCCACACAGACCCCCAAUGCAUCCAGGUGCAGGAAUGGGUGCAAGGAGUGGCGGUGGUCCACCCGGUGUUCAUCCCGCAAUGAGAAUGGCCGCUUCACAAGCUGAAAACACACAUCAGAGUGGUGGUGGAAGGGGAAUGUACUCAUGGCUCCUUCCCUUCUACACAGUUGGAGUUGUCGUUUUCUUGCUCUACACAUUGUUCAAGUCAAAGAAGAAAAAGAAGAGCCGUCGUCGUUUUGCAUCGGGAUCUUCAGAAGAGGAGGAAGAUGCUGAAUUUGUGGAGAGUCUUGCAGGUGUAAAAGACAAAAAGAAGAUUCGCGGUUUGCAAGAGCGUCUCCGUCAAACCGAGGAAGCGAUGGCAAAGAUAUUGGAGCAAUUGGAGAGAGUACAAGGCGAAGGAAUGGCAGCAGCUGCACAAAAUGAAAAAGAAGAACAAAUUGAAGAAGAUGAGAAAAUGGAGGACCCGAGUCCGUCAACAUCAAAAACCCCGAAUACACAAGAUGGAUAUAUUGAUGAUUUAGAGAGGGCACUUACUGAGUUCAAGGCUCUUUCCAAGGAGUACGAUCGGGCACGGGAAAAAGAUGCAACAAGGAAAAAGGUGAAGAAAAUUGAGGAAUCAGAAGAAGAAGAUGAAGAAAUUGAUGAGGAUGAAGAUGAAGAAGAGGAAGAGGGAAGUGGCACUUCUUCCGAAGAACUUCAUUCUGAACAAUCAUCACAAGAACGUUCCGAAGAGGAAGAUGAUAGAUCGAAAAACAACAAAUAUUUCUCAGCUUGGAAACAAAAGUUC